UCGAUGCCGUGAGUCGUAUCUGCGUGUCUCGUGCUCCGAAAUAUCGUGAAGUGAUCAAGAGCGGUGCAGUGAAACAGAAUCCAAAGAAAUGUUCACGGUUUCGCGUCGCGUGGAACGAUAACGCUCGCCGGAGGAUCCCUAGAUAAUGCUAGACGCGUCCGGCAUUCCCAAGGCGGCUUCUCGAGCGUACCCGUCGAGGAGGCUGCAAAAAUAGAAACCAGUGAUUGAUUCUCGCGCUCUGGCGAUGGUGGAGACCCGAGAGAACCAGUCUCGUCGCGAAACGAACGCGACCCGUCCACGGUGAAUCUGCCUCGGUCAAAUUACAGUGUUUACGGUGUUGCGUGGCUCUGUAUGCCGUUUCCGUUCGGUGGCUGUCCCGCGACGGAGUGAUCUCGUGAACGAUAGUGCGCGACUUGCUACUCGAGCGUGAACCAACCGAUAGCGUUCGAAGACGAAGUCGUUGGAUCGUCGAACGAGCAACGAUAUCGCGCGAGUUCUCGAUACUUGGGUGCUUCUCUGCGUGGAAUCGGUGCUGGUGUCGUUUGCUUGGAGGAGAACGUUCCAGGUCGAAACGGGGAAGAGUGAAGGGAGAGGAGGACAAAGGAGCGCCCCCUUAGCUCGGAGGGGAAGAUGCGAUCCCGUCGAAAAUGAACGAUGAAAUAAUCCUGAAGACCCUAACCGCCGGCAACAACAUUCCAUUCGUGGACGAGGAUGGCCCAACGCCGGCCAUCGACCAUCAUCGCGUCCGCUCGAACGUCGCGCGGAGGGAGUCGACGAAGGAAGCCGCUUCGAACCUCGGCUCGCGAUGCGCUCAGAGUUUCGCGACAUUUCGUUCGAUAGCUCAAUCGAAAAACGGCCAGGAGAUCGAUCCUCGAGAGGGAGGUCCUUCUCCUUUACAAAGAGGAGCCAUGUUGGGUCAAAAAGUGUCCCCGCAGCAUAGGUACGUCCGCCAGGCGCCUGCUGCGAGAAGAAACAAAAUCGAAACGGUGGAUACCGCGCCCGAGAAUCCUCUGCAGCGCUAUGAAAACGCGGUAUUAAAAUAUCAGAAGCCCAAGACUCGUCCAAAACGCCAACUGAGUCGCGAUCGCCAACAACAACAACAGAAUCACGGUUACUCCAGCAGCGACGAGAGUGUAGUGAGGAACAAGUCGAAGAGCAUUAGUUCCAUAGACACUCAGUCCGUGAACAACAUCCUGGACGAGUACGAGGACCUCGACUACAGGAGAUCGUCCGAUUUGAGCGACGUGGAGAGCAUCAGCGUGUCGAACUUCGAGGCAGUGAUGAUGGACCAGCAGAAGAAGCAGGACAAGUCUCGGGUCUCGGUGACGACGACGCAUCCCAAACGUUCUCCCGUUCGCGAGAAGGCCCAGCCAGUUCUAAAAGUAAACCAGCAAACUCAGGUGAGGCAGCGGUCGCGUGAGAGGCAGAAGGAAUCCGUGAAACGCGUUCCAGCGUCGCCGAUAGAAGACGAUUGUCCUCCUCGCGCCGGCCAGAUAACAGUGGACGCCAGUCGUAGCAAAGUUCCGGAAGUGCUGCUUCGCAAAGGGGAAGUUCAGAAGCGAGUGGACGAGUGGCUGAGCCAGGCUCAGAGCCAGAAUUUCCCGGCGUCUAGAGAGAAACCGUUAACGCGGUCGAACAGCAGCGCCGAGCAGAAGAGUCAGAGGCGAUAUCGCCAGGACUCGAGGUCCAGGUCGAUCGACGAGGGCAGGGACAAGUCGAACGGAACUUCGUCGAGCUACGACGACCUCAGUCGCGCUGACAAGAAGGUGGACAAGGCGAACAAAGCGAACGUCGCGGUGAACACCAGCAGGGGGACCUACAAGGAGUACCUAGCCCUGAAGAACAGGGGUAAACAGCACGAUUACGGUUUCAGCGCGUCGAACAACGUCAGAUCCAGGGACAUCAGCCCGUCUACUAACUCGAGGAUCCCUCAGAGAGGUCCUUUGAGCUCCAGUUUCAGAUCCAGACGAUUGGACUCCCCUAACGAGGAUAGCAUCGCCGAGCCAGAGAAGAACUGUCGCAGUAAAGUCGCGACGAGUUUGGUAAAGACCAGAAACGAGUCGGAUCACGGUAGGAUAUCUGGGGUAACCGUCGCGGCUACCGGCAGUCCGACGACAACUGCGGUGAUCCCCUGCAGGCGAGCGUCGUUGAAGCGAUCCCAGACCCACGAUCAAAGCUCGAGCGGCGGGACGAGGCCGCUCGUUAAGGAAGAGACAGGCCAGAGGCCGAGGGGAGGAGGUAGCUGCUUGGCCACGAAGGGCCCGAGCAACCUUGGCGACCAAGGCGAGGAGCCGAUCUCGCCAAAUAAGGACGGAGAAAGUAGGCGGCCGACUCUCACGAGCGAUUCACCGCGAGGUAGCGAUAAAGCAGCUGAUGCCGCCUGUAAAUCGAUGGAAGCCUCGAGGAGGAUUAUCGGUGAAUCGAUGGAGACCAGGCAGAAGAGAGAGAGCAGAAUAGACCAGACGAGACAGGAGACCGUGGGCGCGCGUGUCCGCACGAUCCAAGGUCAACAGGAGUCCCGAGUCACGAGAAGGAAUCCUCAAGCGGGGAAUUUGCCGCCAGAAGCUAGGAAACCUCCUGUUCUCCCUAGAAAGGAGCAGGUCCCUUGUCCUCAGGACGCUAAAACCGAUCGAGGCAAGGUAUCGACUAUCGCAUCACCUCCGUCCACCUUCAAGCCGAACAACCGCGUGUACGCCGCCCUCCAGCAACUGAACGAGCAGAACGCCAGGUCUAGAUCGUCAAACGAGACAUCUAGGGCUAGGUACUCCCCGCCGAUCCACGUGGAGAAGAUCUACGAGCGCAGCUUGCAGCCCCAGGUGAUCCACGCCGACGACCUCGAGUCCAUUCUGCGACCUUCGUCGCAGGUCUCCGCCUAUGGCGAGGGAGGUGCCGCUGAGAUGCCUCCCAAGGAACCCGUGGAAGUCGACAAGCGAGAAGAGGAAAUGUACGAACGAAUCGGUGAAUCGCGGUACGAGCACCUGGAGACCAUCGAGGAGGACGAUCAGAAGAGCGAAGCAUCCGUGCGUAGGUAUCUUGAGAUCGAGUUGAGUCAGAAGGUUCUCCAGGCGAACGGAGGACCUAGGGCAUCGCCAGAGAGGAGGAAGGAACCGUCCUACGAGCCUGUGAGGACCUUCGUCACGUUCCACUCGUCCUGCUCCCCCUGCAGCGUCCAAACGAGCCAGACCGGUUCGUCGGGGGGCAACGAACAGGAGGAAAAACCUGCGGAACCGAUCAUGAUCCUCGAGGACUUCGAGGUCCCUUAUGAUCACGGGAACGCGCUCGACAGGAGUCAAUUCUGUCACACCCGGGAAGGGAGCAAUCUGUCUACGGCCACGAUACCUCUGGACGAGCUGGAGAGUGAAAGGCAGAAGUCGAAGGUCGAGGAAGGAAGAAGCGAGGCGUCGGAGUCCAGGCUUCGUCCUGAUGCUGCGAAACCUGAUCAGAUCGAGAACGAAAAGACUAAUUCUAGAGAGAUCGAGGUGGUGAACGAAGUUCUGGUGAAGAAUCUUCAGUUCGAGCAGGACCUACCGAAAUCCGAGCAUUCGAGAUCGGAGCUGGUCGUGGUCGACAAGAUCGCGGAGCACGCGGUUCACCAGAGGCCCAUAGGGUUUCACAACGUCCUGUGCGAUGACUACGAAAACCUCCAGGACGCUCGAUUCAGGGUGGCCAAGGUGUACGUGACGAAGGAAGAAAUGGAGCGGCAGAGGCUGAUGGAUCUGCUGAGGAAGGGGGACUACGACUCCGUGAAAGCGGAAUUGGAGAGGAGUUACACCCUCUCGACCCCUGGGGGUAGCAGCCCUGUCUGUUGUCCGCCCUGCAGCCCGCCACCCGCGCCUGCUGCAUACAUAUCGAGCGCACGUGCGUCCUCGCGGAGACUCGGCGCCGGAAGUAGCAUCGGAGGACCGCCGUCCCCGGAAAGGGAUCCCUUGGGAAGACUGUUAAGAUUCCUGAAGACCUUCUACAGGGAGCUCGGCACUCGCGAUCCACCCCAUUUGCCGGCGUGGGCGUCGCCGCUUCCACUCGGCACCCUUUGUCCAGCGCACUUCCAGCCGCACCUGCAGCUGCUCCACAAAGGCGAGCAGGAACACAGACUCGAGAACAUCAAGCUCGACCAGAUCUUCGCCCCUGUCAGGUUGAGCGAUGGCACGGUGUCCGAGGCCCCACGUCGCGUGGCGGUCGAGGGCGGUCCAGGAAGCGGAAGAACGACCCUGUGCCUUCGUCUGCUCCACCAAUGGGCUAGCCAGGGCGACGGUCCUGCCCUGGCCCUCAUCGUUCCUCUUCGCGAGCUUCGAGGAAGCCCCGUGUUGAAUUAUUUGGCUCGAGAGCUCUUCCCAAGAACAGCCGCCAUUGGAGACGCCGUGGCUCAAGUAUGGCGCACGCUGCACCUGAUGGAGGACCGCAUUCUCUUCGUCCUAGACGGCUACGACGAGUGCGUGGGCGGCAGGGCGUCCCUGGGCGACGCCCUGGACCUCCUCGAAGGGCGACUAUUCCCUGAUGCAAGGAUUCUGGUGACUUGUUCGCCUAGCAACUCGACCGCCUUGUCGCCCCUCGUUCAGAGGAGGAUCCACCUCGCUGGACUCGAGUGGCCCCACGUGGAGAGGCUCUGCGUCGCCUAUUUCAUCCACAACGACAUCGCUGAGAAAGCCUGCGAGUUCCUCGAGGCGCUGAACGUUCAGCCACAAACAGUUAAGCAGCUCGGUCAGCAUCCCCUGGGCUGGAUCAUGCUUUGCUGUCUCUAUCAGGACUCGGGGAGCCUGCCAACGGAGACCAGCGCGCUGGUCCAAGCCGCGGUGAAGUGCAUCGUAAAAAGAAGCUUGGACCCGCCAGUUCCCUAUAACGAGGAGAUCCCAGGCCACUGUAGGAAGCGAUUGGAGGACUUUGGAAAGCUGUCGCUGGCCGCUCUGAGGGAGGGCAGAUGCUGCUACACGGAGGCGGAAUUAAGGGCUCGCGGUGGCGGCAUCGAGGUCACCAGGUUGGGCUUCUUGACCAAGGGGUUGACGUUUGGACAGAGACGAAAGCCAGAUCUCUACACCCCCGUCCACACCGCUGUGGCGGAGUUCCUGGCGGCUUACUAUCUGACAUCCGUGGCUCAGUACGCCAACAUCUUGCGAAGAGAACUCGAGGGCCUGCCGUCAGGCAUCAUCAGCCACCUGGCUGGCCUGCUGGGGCCAAAGACGCAUUUAAUUCUGAACCAACUCUGCCCCCUGGAGGUCCCACCCAGAACCGUGUUCUCGUUGCUGAAGGCAGCAGGCGCCUCUGACGGAAAUAUAUCCGCAGUGUGCAGGCUAGUUGGCGCUGGACCAGGAUUUGGGCCAGCGCCGAACGAGAGACCCCCAGCACCACUGGUUCACACCUCACCCUUGGAACUGGAGGGCUGGGCGAGAAUCCUCGAGAGCCCAGCGUGCACUCUGGAAGCCCUCGAAGUGGUGUUCCAGGUGGAGAGGGGCUCAGAUCCCAGGUACCUCGACGACUUCUUCGAAGCUUUGGCUGGGAACGAGAGCGUCAAGCUGGUGAGGAUCACCUCCCUUCUGGGACAAGAGUUCCCUGCGGACGAGGCGCAGAGGAUGGCUGGACACCUGAAGAGCGUGCUAGGGAAGAAGAAGCUCAACGACUUCGAGCUGGUCAUUACUUGUUUGGAGGAAUCUGCUCACGACCGGCUGGAGUGCGUGGUGAACGCUCUGUGCCGAGGGCUGAGCCACGCGUCGAGCAGCCUGGCACGACUGGUCCUCGACAUGAAUCUGUCCGGCGAGCAAGUGUCCAGGGUGUGCGAUGCUCUUCGUGGCUGCGUUCAAGUGCAGGCUCUGCACUUGCCCCAUUUGGGAUGCGGAUGCGAGGGCCUGGCAUCCGUCGCCGAACUGCUGAAGGAGAGGCCGCUGCUCGCCCUGAAUCUCGCUGGGAGCUGGGGCACCAAGAACGAGGAUCCGUCCAGCUCUGGAAUCAGUAUGGGUUCAGGCUCUGGUUCAGGAAGCAGCGGCUGCGCCUCCAGCACCCUUGGCACGCUACCCCUUAAUCGCUGCUACUCGUCCCUUCCAAGAGGAGCUUUGGCAGCCUAUGGUAGCUUGACGAGGCCAGCAACCCUCCCGCGGCUUCCUCUGGGUCUCGGGCUUGGUCCCGCGCCCGCUACCGGAAACGGGCCACUGCCGCAGAACGACAGGGACAGGGACAGCAACGGAAGCAGCAAGAGGAACAGCGACAGCGUGCUGUGUCAUCGUUUGCCCCUUCUGCACCCUCUGCCCACUUGCGACGUCAGCAGCCACCAAGGAACCGGCUUUCACGAGAUCUUCAACGCCAUCAGAGAGCCGAACUGCAAGCUGAGGUCCCUGAACGUGUCCAAGUGUUUGCUCGUCGGAUUGGAUGCGGGCUGCCUGGGAGAGACCAUCAGAAGGGCGCGCAAUUUGGAUGCUCUGAGAGCUGCAGGAGCAUCCAGGCCAGCGGACGUGAUGCCAUUGGUCCUGGCGUUGACGGAGGCGCCCUGUCUGCAGCUCCUGGAUCUCGCCAGUCCGCGACUGGCCCUCGACGAUCAUCCCUCGCGAUUACUCUGUCACGCCCUCGCCAGGAACACCACCCUCAAGCUGCUCAGCCUCGAGGGCUGGACCUUCAGAAUCGAGGUCGCGCUAUUUCGAGGAGACGCGUGCAUCGAUAUCAAUCGUCGUCAAGGAAACCUGAGACGUCCCGUCCAAUAGGAAGUUGAAGCUACAGGUGGUUGAUUUUUUCAAGAAAAAAUUGGAUACGUCUUACAUUGGAAAAGUUGGAGGUAAAGAAACUGAUAAAAAGGAGGAACAGCAACCACUAAGAAAACUUACUCAGUGAGAAGAUGCAAUGAGAGAAGAGCCGAGCAACAUUGUAGCGAUUACAAGAUUUAUACAGAUUACUAUUGUAAUUUACUCAAGUAAUUUUGUACUCGAAAGUAUAAAAUUUAGAAAUAUUCAAUAAAGAUUUAUUCUAAAGUUAUUAGCGUUACUUGUUUUAUACAACCUAUCCACGGGACAUCGAACUUAUUUAUUAUUAAACAGACGAUAUAUUAUAUAACAAAACUCUAAGGCUUCUAGUAAUCCCUAUACAUUUCCACAAAGGUUGUAUGAUCUAACUAUUCCUAGUCGGGUACCAAAGUUCUCCGUUUCUCGACAUUCGUUACCCGUUUGACUCCCAGCGGAGCAUCGUGUCUUCGCAAACUUCGCCAAAUCGGUUCAAACUCGACGCAGCGAUCAAAGCGACGGUAAAACCGAUUUAGGGAUUUGUCGCAGCUUGUUAGCUCCGUAUUAACGUCGGAGCUUCGUCUUCCCUCGCGACGCACGCGAUCCAGUAAUCUCGGAAGCCAUUGCGCUCGCACGCCUCGCUAUGUUCUCCUCUUAUUGCAGAGUAACACGACACCGCCGACGAUUUCGGCGUCGCGACGCCAUCGUUCGUGCGACCGAAUUCCGACGUUUAACGCCGUCUCACAUCGAUGACAAAAGGAACGCGAAAUUCAGGAUCCCUCGAGAAAUAUGGGCCGUGAUUCGACAAACUAAAAUGGGAGGGAAACUUCGAUUGGAAGUAUAAUAAAUUUAUUUCAUUUAGUUUCAUUUACGAGGGGGCGAAGAUAUUUUAUAUUACUUGACUGUACACCUAAUGCGUCAGUCUUGCAUCCGUUCAUUAUUUAUAUUCAUUUAAUUCUUGUUUUACAUUACUUUACAUUUGCAUUUGCUUAGGUGCCUCUCUUUAUGAUUCAUUAUGGGUGCCAGUAAUCUGUUUCAGACCCACUGGCUCCUCUAUAGCUCGGGUACCUCGGGGUUUCUAAACCCGUACUGUAGCUACAUUGUUCAAUCAAACGUAGCUACAGCCCCUGAGGGUAUUUCAUUUAAGCGAAGUAUUUGUUUCGUAAAUAAAUAAUACUCUGCUACAACAAGAUACCCUUUAUCGUCACCUUUAAUUAAUUUAGAAACUUUCUUCUCGCUAAUAUUUAUAUUAUAAUGCAUCAAGUAUUAGUAUAUAAUGUGUUACAAUAACAUCAAAACCCUGUGACAAUUUAUCUAACCAACUCUCGAAUCCUCACCAUCAAAAUAAAAAUGAAAUUGAAAGAGCCAAAGAAAGAUAAAAUAUUGACUCACUCUGUAUGUCGAAUGCAUUCGAAUAUAUUUCAAGCCACAGGAGAUAAGAAAAGCUGGAGGAUGAAAAACGUGUC